AUGACCAUGGCGGACUAUCCUGUCAGCUUGAUCGAUACGGACCUGUACAAGCUGACAAUGUCACAAUUUGUCUAUCGGCUCUAUCCCGACGUACAAGUGUCUUACAAGUUCACCAACCGGACUUCGGAUAGAACAUUCACCAAGCAGGCCUUUGCAUGGAUAGAGGACAAGAUCAAUGCAUUGGAGUCAUUGCGUCUCACAACGGAAGAGAAAGGAUGGUUGUCUCGACUGCCAUUCUUUCAGUCCGACUAUCUCGACUGGCUUGCGACGUUUCAGCUCCGUCCACGUGAGCAGAUCAAGCUGGCCUGGCAGCCAAUCUCCAAUUCGGACAAGGGCGCGAUUGAUCUCGAGAUACGCGGCACUUGGCUGGACACGAUCUUGUACGAAGUGCCCAUCAUCUCCAUCAUCUCUCAAGGCUACUUUCUGCACGUAGACAAAGACUGGGACCUCGUCGGCCAAAAAGCGCUUGCGUACUCGAAAGCUGAGCGACUCAUCAAGAACGGCUGCAUCUUCAGCGAUUUUGGUGCGCGCCGAAGACGCUCUUACCAGUCUCAGGAGAUCGUCCUUCGCGGCUUGAUGGCCGCACAGGCAGAUCUCCAGGACAAGGGCUUCAAGGGCAAGUUCUCGGGCUGCUCGAACGCCCACUUUGCGCAUAAGCUCGGUCUGACGCCAGUCGGCACCCUCGCGCACGAACUCUUCAUGGCUAUUGGAGCAAUGCAAGGACUUGAAAAGGCAAACACGCUCGUACUGGAACAAUGGGAGACGGUCUAUCCCAAUGGACAGCUCUCGAUCGCUCUGACGGAUACGUUCACCUCGGCUGCAUUCUUCGAGGCCUUCGUUGGGGAGCCUGCUCGAGUACAGCGUUGGACCGGGCUUCGACAAGACUCUGGGGAUCCAUUUGCGUUCAUUCCUCUCGCAAUAGAGGCAUAUCGCAAGGCAGACAUAGACUUCAGCAACAAAGUGAUUGUCUUUUCCGAUUCGCUCGAUAUCGACAAAGCGGUCCGAUUACAGAAAGCAUCUGAGGAAGCAGGCAUCAGAUGCAGCUUUGGCAUUGGCACAUACUUCACCAACGAUUUCGUCGCAGUGGCAUCCGACUCUAGAGAUCCCGCCUCGUACGGGGAAGGCAAUAUCCGUCAAGGCGAGCCGAGUACCGCGCUCAACAUUGUCAUCAAGCUCGCGACGGCAGAUGGCAAGCCCUGCGUCAAGAUAUCUGAUGAGACGUCCAAGAUCACCGGCACGGCUGAAGCUGUGGAGGCGGCAAAGCGCCUAUGCUCUAGACUCCCCGAGAGGAGCUCAUUGUCGCUGCACGAGCCAACGACACCCGCGGAGAAGAUCAUUCGUGAAGCCUUGCUCCCGACAGCGCCCAGGAAAGGUCGCACCGGCCUUUCAGCGAAAGAAGCUUCGCAAACUGCUGGAGUUUCUCCGUCGAGCGUCCACCAGUCCGGCGAGACUGUUGAGAUCGUGGCAUACGCAGGGUCGGAACAAUCUGCAGAAGAGCAACGCAAUGUAUCUCUGAAGCGCAUCGUCAAUCUCAUCCGUCGAGAUCGCGUCGACUCUGGCACCUCCAGUGAGACCUCUGCCAUCUCUGCUCUGACCAACAGAGAGCGUUUGAUCAUCUCCAAGUGGCUCUAUGAGGUUGACGUCAGGCCUGCCUCUGGAGGCUGGCUCAGGGUGCCGCACGAGGCACGCUGGCUUGCGAAUCGGAUGUUCAGCCGGCUCGCAGCUCGCUGCGCCUCUGCACACGACAAUAGAUCUAGAUCUUCCGCACUCUGGCUUCUGGCCACAGCCUGUCUUUCGCUGUCAUGCAAGUUCAUCCUCGAUUUUAGCGAACCACUCGUCUCGCUCGAGCUGCGCUGGUUCGCAACUAUCUGUCCGGCCGCAAACACGCGUAUGCAUCAUCUUGCCGUCAUUGAGCGCGAGCUACUCGCUCUGGGCGGCUAUGCUAUCCUGACACAGCCCACCCCACAGGCCUACGGCGACGAAAUCUACAACACUGUCCCCGAACUUCAGCAGCUGUCGCUCACUCAGGCCUCCGUCUGGUCAUCUAUCGGUAGACGCUUUCAUCACAAUAUCAGACUCUUUACACACGAUGCUGGCUUCAGUUCCACGACAGUAGGACAGAUGACGCUCGUCGCGCUCAUCGAAGCGAGUGCAGACCAGGCACCAGACUUGAUCAGUCUCAGGUCUAGCCUGCUGGGCGUGAUUCCCCUCGCACAGGACGAGCUAGACAGCGGCAUGCGUACAAAGUUGUUCUUCGGCGCCGCGCAGUUGACACUGCGCGAUCAACGGCAUGUGCAGCAAGAGGACGUAGCGGCGAGCAUGGGCAGCUAUAGCUUGCUCUCGACGAGCCUCUCCAGUGAGAAAUCGCCCGGGUCCCACACCAACGGCUAUUCUCCCAGUCACAGUGUCAGGCUGUCUCCAACAGCAAGCCGCGACCCCACGACUCUGCCGGCCAAAGUCGUUCGCCUCGUGCUGGGAUCCUAUGGUCCUCUACUGGCGUCUGCUUAUGUCGCCGCCAGUGCGCACUCGUCCCUCGCGAUUUACAAAGGCGCAUCGCUGUUAGGCUACCAUUUUCUAUUCAGACAAGGAUGCGAUGUCUACAAGCUGCUUUUCCCUUGGCUGCUCGUAGCCUCGGUGCCCGCGGUCUUUGUGCAGGUCUAUAUGGCCUACAGCUCGACGACUGAUGAGCAGCAACGAGGGCUAGUCCUGCUCAAGGACAUAGUGCUGAGCCUCAUCUCCUGGCGGGUCGCACUCGCCGGCAUACUCAAAGCGAUCUGGCUCGCGAGCUCGAUCUUUGCAGCCACAAGGCUCGAUUUUCCUACGUGGAUCAGCUUCAAGGCCUUGUCGGUCUGUCUCGUCAUUUCGCUCAGAUCGCACCGAGAGAACUUCGAGGCCGGCAACGGCUACAGAGACGUCACGAGAGCUACAAAGACAAUCGUCCUGCUCGUCGGAGCGCUCACUGUCUCACUGUUGCUCGUCAGUCGUGUUUAUGCGGGCGGGACCUUUCUCGCUUUAUGUGCAGCUUGCUGUGAAGCGGCUUCAAUACUUCUUCUCAACGGCGAGUCUCAGUGCGUAGGUCGCCGUCCGUUUUCAUUUGUUCCAUUCGUUCUGGGAUUCGGGAUCGUUGUGGCUGCUUUGCGUAUACACGGCAUGCAAGCCUACAACAGAGAGAUAGCAGACGGUCCGCACGCAUAUCUAGCCGAUCGCAACGUGCCCGUGUUGGCUGAUCUACAGCAAUGGGCCAGCCUCGAAGUCGGGCUAUUUGUUCUCCUUGCACCUCUGGCUGUCAUUGCUGCCUGGCCGGCUGCAACUGUGCUACCCGCCAACGCAUAUGCAAUCGUCAUAUCUGCUUUGCAGCAUGCCCUGCCAAGCUCUGUGUCGACCCAGCUAGCCGGCCUGCUCGUCAUCGCGCAGGCUUUGCCAGUCUAUACUGUGCUUGUCACCAGUUUCAGUCAGAUGCCAAAGACUCCCAAUGCAAGCGAGGAAUUUCUGGACUUUGGCGAGAGGCCCGCCAGGCAGACUCGGCUGGAGCAAGCAAGUAGUAUCGCAUCAGCCACAAGGCAACGACUCCUCGUUCUGCUCGAUUCGGCCCGCUCAGUCUUGGCAUCCGGUCCCAGUCAGCAGCUAUGGCCUGCGCUCGCUACACUGCUCAUAGCUGCGCUGCUUCCUGUCGCGCUCUGGACAACCCGCGCUUGGGUGAACGGGUAUGACGACAGUCUCGAUGUCGUCGUAGCAUACUACGACGAGCCGCUCGAUAGAAUACACGUCUUGUGGGCUGCAUUGAACGCAGCGCCUGCCAUCUACCUCCGCAAUCCAAAGCUACAUCUCUAUGUCAAGGCGCCAGAUGCAAACUUGACGGCCUUAGCGAUGGAAUAUCAUCCUCACAAGCUUCAGCAACUCGAGAACAGAGGCAGAGAAGGCGGAACGUAUCUCUCACACAUAUUGCAGCACUAUGAUGCCACCGAGCGCUGGCUCAAUCCUGACAUCCCUCGAUCUCGGUCGGCACAGCACUCGGGCGCAAUGGCGAAGCAUACCAUCUUCCUGCAAGCUCAUCUUGGCUGGAACAACAUGGCGGGCGCCAGAUUCGCUCUCUUGCGUCAGAAUACGCGCUUCAUGUCAUUUGGGCCCUACAUCGAAAUGAAGGAUGGUGUCGAAGGCUAUCUCGGUAAUGGACUCGAGAUUCCGGGCUUUGAUGACAUCUAUCAGAUCUUCGUUGGCCAUGGCUGGCAAGGCGGCUCAUCCCAGCUGGCUUCGUGGUCCGCUCAAGUCGUUGCAUCGCGCGAGGCGAUCAUGCGGAAUGCACAGUCUGCCUACAAGAAGAUACUCAGUCAGGUCACAGCUGAUCAUGCAAGUCCUGACAUCCAAGUACCGCCAUGGUGGGAUCACAAGAAAGGCGACCCAUCUGAUCCAUGGUUCGGACACGCAGUCGAGCGAGCCUGGCCGAUCAUCUUUGGUUGCGAUGAGUACCAGAUCGCAUUUGACUGCGAUUUUGAAGCAUCUGAUCCCGCCCUCUGCGCUUGUUAUGACGGCCCACGAUACCAAUAA